UUAUAAUUCCAUUGGCUUCUGCUAUGUAGUCCAGGCGGUCGCAGAAAAGACACCGUGUCGUUAGUUCCAGUCCGAGGGACAUUCAUCUGCCUCGAUUUUCCCAUAGUUUCUAUGUUAUCCAGGGGAAGGGGGGUGAGAUGGUGAGAGACGCAGCUCGAGACGUCCAUACGUGCCUUAUCUUAGUGGCAGUGACGUGAUAUUGCAGCUCCAGUCCUGAGGCUCGCCGAGAAAGCGCUUUCCAUCUCCCUCCACAACGAGUCAGCAGCAUCCUCCAUCCGUCAGGGAUUGCGCUCUACCUGCUACCCGGACCUGGACAUCUCUUGAGGGACGGGCAGACAACAGCUUAAUGAUCAGUAUAGAUUCGUAACAUUUUUAACCCUCGUUCUAGCGUCUGAUCACUUCUGUUGAGCUCUCAUCACUUGGUUGCGUUGAGGUGGGAAGAAAAAAAAAUUGGAGCGAGAUGAUGAUCCAGCCUGGAGUCUAAUGCAUUUUUGCUCAUUGACCAUCUUGUUGCUCUAGACUUCUAUCAUCGGCAAUGGGAGAUAUCGAUUCACAGGGGAGCGACACAUUUCAUUUCUAAAAGGAUGUUUCCAAGUAUGUGGGGAAAAUAGCCAUAGCUUUCAGAGUGCAAGGCCAAAUGACAUAGGAUGAAGGCUGUUCGUAAUCUGUUGAUUUAUAUAUUUUCCACCUAUCUCCUGGUUAUGUUUGGAUAUACUGGUGCCCAAGAUUUCUGGUGUUCCACGCUGGUGAAAGGAGUUAUCUAUGGAUCUUACUCGAUAAAUGAAAUGUUUCCCAAGAACUUCACAAACUGCACUUGGACGUUGGAGAACCCAGAUCCUACCAAAUACAGCAUCUACCUAAAACUUUACAAACGAGAAAUUAGCUGUUCUGAAUUCUCCCUGCUGGCUUACCAGUUUGAUCACUUCUCUCACGAGAAGAUCAACGAGCUGUUGAGGAUCAACGAGUCCAUCGUGCACCUGUGUGAUGACGCCAAGAAUAUUUAUGUCUUUUUGCAUUACGACAAAAAUUUUGUGCAGCUCCGGCGAGUGUUUCCCUACGACUACAAUGGAUUGACGACGAAGAAGACAGAGGAGGAAGAAAGGUCUAUGGUGGAGUUUGUGGUUUUAAAUAAGGCUAGCCCAAGUCAAUUUGGAUGUCAGGUGUUAUGCACGUGGUUGGAAAACUGCUUGAAAGGAGAGAAAGCUGAAUCGUGUGGAAUAGUCUACGCUAAAUGCACCUGCCCUCAACAUUUAGGCGAUGGGGAAUCUGAAAGUGUGCUGAUGCUCAGUAACGUGGUGUUGCCUUUAAAUCCCCAAACCGAAGGAUGCCUGACUCCUCAGGUGCGCUCGGCGCAGGUGUGCAAUCUGAGCGCGGAGGUGCGGCGCCCGUCCAAGGAGGGUGAGUAUGAACCAGACAGCUGCAGGCCUUUAAUGCUGGAGAUCAUUUCACAGCUUAAUUAUACAAAACAUACACUGGUUUCACGAGUUCGCCUUGCAGAUAACAAAGCAAGAAGAAUAGUAUGCGAAUUUGGCGUGCUGCCCAGGGAGAGGGCUCCGAGCCCAACAGUGGCCCCGAACACUGAGCGCUAUGCCCCAGAAUGGGUCAACGAUGAUGAGUCGGGGUGUUGGAGGGAUGCUAGAGAGAUUGAAGAAAUAAUGAGCACGUCCUCCAUUUCACAUUACGGGGGAUUUUUGUUCUUUGGCAUCUCUUGGGAGGCUGCUCUGCAUCUAUUUGGCACAGAUAUACAGCAAGUAAUUCUCGUGGAGGAGCUCAAAUUUGUCUUUGUGGCUAACAAUGGACCGCUCGAGGCAUUGAUUCUGUUCAUGGACUUUUAA